UCACCGUGGGCCUUUGACACGGCGCAGCAACAAGGCGCUCUAAUGCUGACACGCCAGUACAAAGCCCUGCAAGAAAUCAUCCCAUUUUACUCGCUUGGUGUGAACCUUAUUAAUAAUGUAUCUUUUUUUUUUUUAAUCCAUGUUUGCCAGGGACCUAUCAUGACAGGCAGAACAACGAACUGCUUUCAUACAACAUCAUUUUAGCUUGAUGUUUAACUAACAACCUAACAAUAACUAACAAUGAAUGUUAAGUCUUACAUUCAUUCUUGUCAUUGUAAAGGCAAUGUUUUUGAGACGGCGUUGGCACGAGAUUUUGUGGCUCUACCUAAUGAACUGUUCAGCAUGUGUAGAUCAAAACAACUAGAGCUGUCUAAUUCCGUUUCCUAGGUUUGAGAAUACGUCACACAACCCUUUUUCGACGCCUGUAGUGAACCUCAUACCAUUUUAAAGCCCAGCCUCCAGUAGUGUUUGCCUAUAAAGGAGCUCAGAUAUCCAUCCGGGUGGAGUUUGUUCUAGUCGAGAAUGUUUGACUACCCAACACACCUUCGUGCGUUCAAAGUGUUCUUCCUUGUUUACCUUUGAGCCUGUGGAGAGACAAGCCAAGAGCAGACGUCUGGGCAGGACAGCCCCAAUGGCGUCAACCGUCAGCCUUCUCCCCGAGAAGUCCCUGCUGUGCUCUCUGUGUAAGGACAUCUUCAGCAGUCCAGUCACCACCCCGUGCGGACACAGCUUCUGCCUGUCCUGCCUUUGCGACUACUGGAUGCGACACCAGUCCAGAUACUGCCCGUGCUGCCGGCGACUCUUCGCCAACAGGCCCGACCUCAGCGUCAACCAUAUCCUUGCCGAAAUCUCGGACAGUUACAAGAAGACCAAACCACAAAAGAUACCAGAUGAAGAAACGGUGAUCAAUGUUGAGCAAAUGAUUCAAGAGAGGCUGCAGAAGGUAGACAGGUUGAAGACUUCUCUUGAGCUCCAAAAGAGCUCUUACCUAAGAGAAGUGCGCGAGAGCCAAAAAGUCUUCUCAGCCCUCGUCCACGCCAUGGAGAAGAGCCACAAAGCAGUGGUGGCGGCCAUCGAAGAGCGCCAAAAGGAGGAACAGAAGAAAGUCCAGAACCUGGUGGAGGAGUUGGAGCAGGAGAUCCGGGAACUGACAAAGGAGUCUGCCGUAUCCGAUUCUCUGGUUCCUGAAAAAACUAGUGAUCAGCAGGAUGAAUUAAAAGAAGAUUCCACGAAUAUUGUACCUCCUGGACAAGCGAUCCAGUUUAAGGAUUGGUCCAUGGUUACCAUAGAAACUGACCCAUGUGUUGGGGUCACCAGGAGAGCACUGUCGGAAAUGAUGGCUAAGAUAAAGAUGGAAGUAAACAGGCUAUCCAAAUCCGAACUUAAGAGAAUUCAGAGAUACAUUGUGGAUGUCAAUCUAAGCGCCAAGACGGCCCACCCCACCCUUUCAGUCUCCGAUGACAGAAAACAGGUGAGGCAGAGCGACAAGCGCCACGAGGUGCCGGACCACCCCAAACGCUUCGACCGCGUGGCCAACGUCCUCGCCAAGGAGAGCUUCAGUUGCGGGAGAUCCUACUGGGAGGUAGAGGUCGGCGACAAGACGGAAUGGAGCUUGGGCGCGGUCCGAGAGUCCAUCAACAGGAAGGGACGCUUCACCGUCUGCCCUGCCAACGGUUUCUGGACACUGAGUCUGAAAAUGGGCGGGCAGUACGUCGCCAACACAUCUCCGGCGAGUGCAGUAGCGUUGGAGCAGAGGCCCAGAAAGGUGGCCGUCUAUGUGGAUUACGCCGAAGGCCGCGUGUCUUUCUACUGCGCCGAGACGGGCAUCCACAUCCACACCUUCACUGACACGUUUACAGACAGCCUGCACCCGUUCUUCUGUCCCGGUCGGCUGCAUGGUGGCAGAAAUGCUGAGCCGCUCAUCAUUAGCUCCAGUUUUUGCAGCAUCUGAUCACACUGGAAGAGAAGGUUGUGAUCCUUUUACAGUUCUGUAGUGUGGACACACUUCUCCCGAACAUGUCAAGGUUGUUUUCUACACUUAUCGUUCUUGAGACAAAGGAGUCCCGGGUCAUUUUUGUCCUGUUUAAGGGGACUGUCAAGGGAUGUUGAAAAUAUUACAGCCAGGCAGGAAGCACAGAAGAUG